CUUUGGCGGCCGCCUUCUGGAUCGGGGUCGGGGAAGAGGAGCGGGGAUUUCUGGAAUCGGGUGCAGGACGCUUACCUUCACCUGCUCCUAUACUUGCGAGUCUCCUUAGAGAAGGCUCACCAUGAGGACGCCGCCCACGAACUGAGACUUGAAAGAGUGGAGGAUCGUUUUUUUGUCCAAGAAUGGCUGAGGGAGAUGGAGAAGUGAGAUGGGAUGGGCUGUGCAGCCGGGAUGCCAGCGCAAGAGUCAGCGCCUUGGAAAACAUAAAGCAGGUGGUCCUGAAGAAAAGCCAGGCAAUGGCUCUGGACCAAGGCGGCGGAUGUCCUCCAGCUGCAGGAGGGCUCCUGCCCUCUGCAAAUAGUGCGCCAAGUGAGCUGAACCAAAUGCUUGCUCGGCUGCUCACACUUUCCAAGAGAUGCCCUUUCAGAGAUGUGCAAGAGAAGACUGAGGCCAUUCUGAAGCACGUUCAGGAACUUGGAAUUAGGAUCCCCAGACCACUGGGACAAGGACCAAGCAGAUUUAUCCCAGAAAUGGAGAUUCUUCAAGUGAGUGCGGAGGAUCCUCAGAUGUCUUCUUUGUUUGCUGAGUCUUUCACAACUUUGGGGCAUUUGGAUAACAUUACAUUGGUGAUGGUUUUUCACCCACGGUAUCUGGAGAGUUUUUUGAAAACUCAGCAUUAUCUACUGCAGAUGGAUGGUCCACUGCCUCUUUGCUAUCGACAUUAUAUAGGUAUAAUG